AUGGGUCUCCUAUCCUACGUGAAGCCCGCCAAGAAGGACAAGAAGGAGGAGCCAAAGGAGAAUGCUGUCACCGAGAUGGCAGAGAAGCAGUCGGCCACCGCUCCAACAGCCGCACCGGCCUCCGGCACAGCUACACCAGCAUGGUCAAGGCCAGCAUCUCUCUACCCAUCCGGCGUUGAGUACCGCAACUCGCAAGCAGACGAUCUCAGUGAAAUCAAGUGCGAUGUCAUGGUCAACUGGCUUUACCAACAGCAGAUGGAACGUCUCUGGACUGCUGGUGGCAUCGACGAGGGUGUUGUUCUCAAAAAGACCCGUGGACAGUACACAUGCUGUCCAGGUGACAUCGUGGAUGAGCCAUAUGGUUUCUUCAAGGCCGUUGAGACUCUUAACGUCAGGGUUGCCAUGACCGUCAACACCAGAGUCAUCAAGCUCUUCCUCCACAAGAACAGUCGACCAUAUGUUCCACUGAAGAACGGCCUGCGUCUGCAGGUUCUGCCAGACAUCUCGUACCUGCCCCGAUGUCAGAAGCAUCAGUUCGCCGCCUUCAUCGCCGACCGCGGCCUCCUCGUUGUCUGGGAUGAUGAGCCACGACACCUUCUCGACCGUGCGCACAAGAUCGAGAAGUCGCUCAUGGAGAUGAUCUGGGAUGAGACUUCAGAAGAUGAGGACAUGAAAAAGGAGGGGAGUGUGAACGUCGCCGAAGUCCUGGACGAGGACGGAGAGGUUGUCGAACGCGGUCAAGUCGAGAAACCUCGCCGUAUCGUCCUCUACCAGCCGUUCAUCACUGGCGUGACCUUGCUGCUCACCUUCUUGGCUUUGGGACUCGGCUUCAAGGCGGUCGCUACCGAAACCUAUGUCGACAGCAACUACAUCCGAGUGGCAUUCAUCGCUGUCCUGCCGCUUCAGAUCUGGAUCGCACUCUUCUUCUUCCAGUCCCUCGUCGGCAAUGUGGCACAAAUCAUCGGUCCAAUCGCGCAAAUGAACACCAACACGAAAUUCUACUCGGGUGUCAAGCCAAAGCGUCUUCGAAGAGAUAACAGUCCCCUGCCACAUGUCACAAUCCAAAUGCCCGUCUACAAAGAAGGUCUCGUACCUGUCAUCGAGCCUACUGUUCGCUCCAUUAAGGCCGCCAUCUCGACCUACGAAAUGCAAGGCGGCACUGCCAACAUCUUCGUCAACGAUGAUGGUAUGCAGCUCAUCUCCGAGGACGAUGCCCGCGCCCGCCAGGAUUUCUACGAUGAGCACAACAUUGGUUGGGUCGCCCGCCCAAAGCACAACCCAAAGCCAGCCGAGGACGAAGAGACGUUCCUUCGACGCGGGAAGUUCAAGAAAGCCUCCAACAUGAACUACGCUCUCUGGGCCAGCAACAGGGUUGAAGAGAAGCUCGAGGUCAUUACUCGCACACCUGGCUGGACCCAAGAAGACGAGGCAGGUGCUUACAGAGACGCCCUCGCUGAGGUCGUUGAUGAAGACAAAGGCCGCACUUGGGCUGAUGGCAACAUCCGUAUGGGCGAUUACAUCCUCAUCAUCGACUCUGAUACCCGUGUGCCUACCGACUGUUUCCUCGACGCCGUCUCCGAAAUGGAGCAAUCUCCACAGGUCGCCAUCAUCCAAUACUCGUCUGGUGUCAUGAACGUCACUGACUCCUACUUUGAGCGCGGAAUCACCUUCUUCACCAACCUCAUCUACAUUGCCAUUCGAUUCGCUGUUGCCAACGGUGACGUUGCGCCCUUUGUCGGCCACAACGCUGUUCUCCGCUGGGCUGCCGUCCAAGCUAUUGGCUACGAUUGUGAACUUGAUUCUCGCGAGAAGUUCUGGUCCGAGAACACUGUAUCCGAGGACUUCGAUAUGGCUCUGCGACUUCAAACUGCCGGCUACGUUGUACGACUUGGCGCAUACCAAGGCGAUGGUUUCAAGGAGGGUGUCUCGCUUACCGUCUACGACGAACUUGCCAGAUGGGAGAAGUACGCUUACGGUUGCUCCGAGCUCAUGUUCCAGCCCUUUCGCUACUGGCCAACCCGUGGCCCCUUCACCAAGCUCUUCCUGAAAUUCAUCGGAUCCAAGAUGCCACUGCCAUCAAAGUUCACCAUUAUGGCUUACAUCGGAACAUACUUCGCUCUCGCUUCCGCCUGGCUCUUGACACUCGCCAACUACUUCCUGAUCGGCUGGUUCAACGGAGCUCUCGACCACUACUACAUCGACUCUUUCAAGAUUUACUUUGCCAUCAUCAUUGUCUUCUCCGGUCUUGGAAACGUUGCCCUCGCUGUUCUCCGCUACCGUCUCGGCGAAUGCGGCUUCCUUAGAGCACUCCUUGAGAACUUCUCCUGGAUCCCGCUCUUGUCGAUCUUCUUGGGUGGUGUAUCGCUCCACGUCUCGCAAGCCAUCCUCUCCCACUUGUUCAGCAUCGACAUGACAUGGGGUGCAACGAGCAAGGAAGCCACAGAUACAACCUUCUUCCAGGAAGUGCCACGCUUGAUCAAGAAUUUCAAGGGUACUUUUAUUUUCUGCUUUGGAUGCUCGGCAAUGAUGGCCGUACUUGCGACUGUCGCUCCCUACUUCUGGAGGAUCGACACUUUCAUUGCCAUUUACCCACUUGCCACGAUCGUUGUUGGUCAUUUCUUCUUGCCUGUGGUGCUCAACCCAGGUUUGAUGAGGUUUACGUACUAA